ACAUCGAGCGCGCCCGCGAGGCCCUGGCGCGAGACGAGGCGGCCGAGGAGCUGCGCCAGGCCAGGGCGGCUGCGCAGCGAGGCAGCCUGGGCGCGGAGAGGCUGCGCGCGGCGCAGGCGGAGGCGGAGGCCGCCGAGGACGAGGCGGCCGCGCUCAGCGAGAGGCUGCGCCAGAGCGAGGCGAGCCUGGCCCAGGAGAAGGGCACGUGCGAGGAGCUGCGGUCCAGCCUGGACCAGCGAAGCGCCGACCGGGCGAAGCUCGCGAGGGACUGCGAGGCGCUGCAGCAGGAACUGGAUGCGCUGGAGCAGCGGCGGGGGGAUGAGGCGCUCCGCGAGGUCUACGAGAGGUCGAGGGCGGAGUUCCACCGCCUCUCUCACGAGGUCAACACCGCGAGGCGCCAGGCCCUGCUGCAGACGCAGUCCAUCCAGGGGGCCCUCGACGAGACGAGGAGGAUGCUCUCCGACCACCUGGACCAGACGCACAGGCAGCUCCUGGACCAGACCACCCGGACGUCACGCCCGAUCCUCCCUGGGCGUGUUCACCAUGGCGCUCAGCGACGCCCGCGCCAAGGCCGCGAGCGCCGCGGCCGCCAAGCUGGCGCUCGAGGACCAGUGCGCCGCCCUCGCGGCGGAGGUGCAGCGGGGCACGCAGGAGCUGGCCGCGCAGAGGGGCCACGCGCAGGCCCGCUGCUCCGAGGAGGUCGUCGGGCAGCUCGUCGCCGCCCGAGCCGAGCUCGAGGCCGCGAGCCGCCGGGCCAGCAGGGCCGCCGACGAGGCGCGGCGCGCCGAGGACGCGGCGGCGGAGGCCGCGCUCGCCGCGGGCGAUCAGGAGCGGCUGCUGCGGGGCAAGCUCGAGCAGUUGUGGGGCGCAGUGCGCCAGUGUGGCGCGGUGGGCGCCGCGGGCGUCUGA